UUACAAUCUUUUCUCGCAUUUUCUCGCCGAUUUUUGUUCCCUCCGUAGCAAUUCUCAUUCUCCUCAUUUCUCUCAGUCCUUGUGAUUUGCAAAGAAUCUCAAGUUAUUCUAAAAUGGAUAUGUGUGUUCCACACUCAACUUUAACAAUGGGUCAGGCGUUGAGGCCAUAGCCAUAUGUUAAGAGGCCCAAGUUCUCUGAGAGAAAGAGGUACUGGACAAGCACUGAACUACCAACAUUUUUUGUCUAGUCAAAUUGCUUGGUGAGCUUUUGUUUAAGUAGAUGUCAGUUGCAAAACUCCAGGCCUCUGACACUCUGGAUGUCAUGAGAACGGAAGAUGGAAUAGAAAACAUAAUCAGACAAGCAAUUGGCAAAGAACCUUUCUUUUAUUUUCCAAGGGUCAGUGACAGCCCAGGACAGUUGAUUCCAUUUCUUCAUGCUUUUGAUCCGCAAGGUGUUAGCAAUGUUUUUUCAGAAUAUCCAGGUUGGCCUUUGCUCUAUCCUCUGAAGGUUCCGACGGAAAAAUGUGAGAAGUGUUCUCAAGAAUUCUGCUCAACCCUUAACUAUAGAAGACAUUUACCUGUGCAUCACCGAUUCAAAAAGCUUGAUAAGGAUACUUCAAAAACUAGGGAGCUUUUAGGGGCAUAUUGGGAUAAGCUCUCGGUAGAAGAGGCGCAGGAAGUUGUAUCGUUUGAAAAUGUGAUGCUGGAGGAAGUUCCAGGGUCUUCGGUUUUGCAUGCUUUGAUAGCUCUUACUCAAAAACAAGGAUUCUUUUUUCUUCUUCCGUCUUAUCUGAGGGCCGGCGGUGCCCUAUUGGACAUUGUUCAAUCUAAACCUUCCAGUUUUCCUAUACCUUCCCAGGAGUUGUUCAGUAUCCUUGAUGAUGCUAGUGAAGGAACAUUUUUAUUGGGGACAACAGCGUCAAUGCAAAAAUCUGUUUUUCCUGGAGGGGCUGGAAAAAUUGGUCUUGAACCGAAAAAUGUAGUGGCUUGUUCAAGCUUCUUGCUAGAACAGAUAUUGGUUAAGGCAUGGCUUGCUGACAAGGAUGCUGAAUCACUGAGGUGCCAGAAGCAAUUGGUGGAGGAGGAAGAAGCUGCCCAGAAAAGACAAGCUGAGAUUUUGAAAAAGAAACGCCAGAAAAAGCUUAGGCAAAAAGAACAGAAGGCUAAGGAACAGAGAAACAAGCUUGAGGUAGAUACUAAAGAGAAUAUUGACAGUACAAUGAAGACAGUAUCACCAGCAGAAACAUCUUUGGAUACAUAUGAUUUUGAAGCUCAAAAUCCAGAGGAGUCUGCAAAGAACACUCCACAUGUACCUCCUCAAUCCCCUGACAUCAAUGAUGGAACAAAUGGGGAUACCCAGUCAGGAAAUGAUUUUGGUGCUGAUCUGAAUAUUCAACAGUCACAAUGUGAAGUUGAUUAUCAAAGCAGAGCAAUUGCCAUAUGGCACCAGCUGCCAAAAUUCUCCCAACACACUGCGAGUGAUCAGCUUACAAACAAGAAUCCUCCAAUUUUAAAUUCUGAAGUCAUUCAGAAAGAUGGAACCCGCCAUGAUCAGAGGGCAGAUGGUACAUUUAAUGCUGGUAAAGCGUGGCACGGAAAGCCAAAACCUGAAAUUGACACGAUGGUUGUGAAAACCGUAACAAAGACUGAACCAGACCUUGUAAAGGAUCAUGAACUGUUGAUAGGAACCCGCCAUGAUCAGAGGGCAGAUGGUACAUUUAAUGCUGGUAAAGCAUGGCCUGGAAAGCCAAAACCUGAAAUUGACAGGAUGGUUUUGAAAAACGUAACAAAGACUGAACCAGACCUUGUAAAGGGCCAUGAUCAGAGGGCAGAUGGUACAUUUAAUGCUGGUAAAGCAUGGCACGGAAAGCCAAAACCUGAAAUUGACACGAUGGUUUUGAAAACCGUAACAAAGACUGAACCAGACCUUGUAAAGGAUCAUGAACUUUUGACAGGAACCUGCCAUGAUCAGAGGGCAGAUGGUACAUUUAAUGCUGGCAAAGCGUGGCACGGAAAGCCAACACCUGAAGUUGACACGAUUGUUUUGAAAACCGUAACAAAGACUGAACCAGACCUUGUAAAGGAUCAUGAACUUUUGAUAGGAUCUAUAUCUGUCAAUCUUGCCAACUGCAGCCAAUCAGAGGGUAAUGUGGUGGCAUCCCAAGAAAAAUGUUUGAUUGAGAAAGAGGUGGCAGUUCAAGAAAAGUGUUUGAUUGAGAAUACGGUGGACAAGCAGAAUAGUUCUCAGAAUAAACCAAAGAAACCUGAUUUACGUACUAGUGAAAAUAAUCAGUCAAUUGUUAAGCCUUCCAUAGCAGUUAGUCAGUUUGAAACUAAAGAUCCACUUCCAGUUCAAAGUGGUGGCAUGGAAGAUGAUGCAGUUAAUAGAAAUGAAGUUUGUCAGAACCUGCCAAGGAUUUCUAGCUAUGGAAGUUGUUUCGAAAACAAAGUUCCCAAUACCGAGAGUAAAAUAGAUCCAGUAAAGCAAAAGUUUUCGAUUCAAGCUGCUAGAGAAUUUCUUGCAAAAAGAUGGGAAGAAGCUCUCUCAUCAGAUCAUGUGGAAUUGGUUAUUUCCCUUGACUCUGAACAUUCUGGGAACCAGGAAGCAAAAGAAGACGACACGUGGCUUUCAACCACCAAAGCUUCUAAAUCCAAAUACAGAGGGAAGGCUAAAAAGGGAACCAAUCACAAAGAGAAAACAAAAAAAUACUAAAGUAGCAAAUUGGAUUUUAUAAAUUAUACAGAUACAGAUAGGCAAAGAUCAACUUAGUUGCCAGUUUCUUUAGCGGAGCUUUUUAUUUUACCCGAUGAUGAUAAAAGGCAAGUCUUUUUAAAUUGCGCCACUUUUACAUCUACCGGAUAUGAUGGUAGAUAUAGCAGGCUUUGGUAGACAAUUUCUUUUUACUUGCGGAGAUUUUAGCGAAAUUUGUGUUAAAAUUUGUUUAGUUUUCUUAAGGAUCAUAUUUUCUUUUCUAUUCUGCUUAUUUCUCAUCAUAAUUGGCUAAAUUUUGCCUGUAAUAGACAUAACAAAUAAUUGAAGUACUUAAGCCAACACCAUUUCUUGGCUUUGUCA